AUGUCUACAAGAUGGGCGACGAGCAUGCCAGCCCUUCCCCUAGCAUCGCCGACCAGUGACUUCCCCAUGGUUCCGGGCAUACGACGUGGCCACGGGCCAUACGUGAAGAUGUUGCAGGGUGCCCGUCCGGGAUCCUCGGGGAUGAUUAGAUCGUCCAAGUCUCAACCCAUCCUGCGCGGGUAUGGAGAAGGCACCCGACCGGGCACAGCGGGUUCGAGCGUGCCUGCCCGCACGCGGGAGGGUAGCUGUAUCCCAGACUACAUCACCAAGGAGAAGCAGGUACUCCGCUUCUUCGCCUACUUCCAGGAGCCCGUUCACGAAGGCGGGAGCAUGGACGCCACAGGUUUCCGUGUGAGGAAGUUCAGCAUAAUGUACUUCUUGUCGGACAGUACCAUCUCCAUCGAGGAGCCGCGAAUCACCAACAGCGGCCUUACGCAGGGAAAGUUCAUGAGGCGCUUGCAGGUUACGCGGCCGCUCAACUCUUGCGCCCGGGACGCCCGCAGUGCCGGCGGCAGCGCCACUCCUGUGCGGGCGACCGGCGGUGGCGGCGACGAAGGGGGCGUGAUGGGCGGCUGUAGCGGUAAGGGCGGCGCCACCACGCCCCCCCCCCGAGACAUCUACGCCCCCGGAGACUUCGGCGUCGGAGAGGAGGUCUGGAUCCACGGCCGCAGGUUCCGGAUCGUGGACGCGGAUCUCACCACCCGGCAGUGGUUCCAGCGGAACCUCGGCCGUAGCCUGAAGCCGACGGAGAACUACCCGGAGGACGGCUAUGGGGCGGAGCGUGCCAAGGUGUCCGCCCCCAAGAAGAGGUCCAUGAUGCCGGCCCGCGAGAAGGGGGAGUUCUACAAGAAGGAUCGGAAAGUUCUGCGAUUCUUCUGCAAGUACAAGGACUGCCGCCUGCAGGGAGACAAGCGUGACUACAUCCUGUACUACUACCUCCUCAACGACACCAUCGAAAUUAAGGAGGUGGCCGCGGAGGGCCGGCAUAACUUCCCGAACCUUCUGCGCCGCCAGAAGCUUCCGAAGGACUCCAUGUUUGUCCCCACUGGUUACGGGGGGGUAAUUUCCCCCCGGGAUCCGCAGCGAUUUCACCACCCUCGCCUUUGA